AUGCCUGAAACUGAUGCAGGUUACGAAGAUGGUGUGGAAGAACGUGUUAUUAAUGAAGAAUAUAAAAUUUGGAAAAAGAAUACUCCUUUCCUGUAUGAUAUGGUUAUGACUCACGCCCUGGAAUGGCCAAGCCUUACAGCUCAAUGGUUACCUGAAGUCACAAGACCAGAAGGUAAAGAUUUUUCUAUUCAUCGACUUAUCUUGGGAACUCAUACAUCUGAUGAACAAAAUCACUUACUUAUUGCUAGUGUUCAUAUGCCAAAUGAUAAUGCUCAAUUUGAUCCUAAUAGUUAUGAUGUUGAACGUGGUGAGUUCGGUGGGUUUGGUGCAGUAACCGGUAAAAUUGAGAUCAAUAUAAAAAUCAAUCACGAGGGUGAAGUAAAUCGAGCUCGUUAUAUGCCACAGAAUCCAUGUGUAAUCGCUACUAAAACGCCUAGUUCUGAUGUUUUGGUGUUUGAUUAUACCAAACAUCCAAGUAAACCUGAUCCAUCUGGUGUAUGUCGACCGGAAUUACGUUUAAGAGGGCAUCAAAAAGAAGGUUAUGGUUUAUCAUGGAAUCCAAAUUUAAAUGGUUAUUUGUUGUCUGCGUCGGAUGAUUAUACUAUUUGUAUGUGGGAUAUUAAUGCAACUCCAAAAGAAGGUCGUAUUAUAGACGCUCAAACUAUAUUCACUGGUCAUACAAGUGUUGUAGAAGAUGUCAGUUGGCAUCCAUUACACGAAUCUAUAUUUGGUUCAGUUGCUGAUGAUAAAAAACUUAUGAUAUGGGAUACACGUAGUGGUUGUACAACACGUCCUAGUCAUACAGUUGAUUCACAUUUAGCUGAAGUUAAUUGUUUAUCAUUUAAUCCAUUUAGUGAAUAUAUAUUAGCCACUGGUAGUGCUGAUCGAACUGUUGCACUAUGGGAUUUACGUAGUUUACAAAUGAAGUUACAUUCAUUUGAAUCGCAUAAAGAUGAAAUAUUUCAAGUUCAAUGGUCACCACAUCAUGAAACUAUUCUUGCUAGCUCAGGUACCGAUCGACGUCUACAUGUUUGGGAUCUUAGUAAAAUUGGUGAAGAACAAUCAGCUGAGGAUGCUGAAGAUGGACCACCGGAAUUACUGUUCAUUCAUGGUGGACAUACAGCGAAAAUUUCAGAUUUUUCAUGGAAUCCAAAUGAUGCAUGGGUUAUUUGUUCAGUAUCUGAAGAUAAUAUAUUACAAGUGUGGCAAAUGGCUGAGAAUAUUUACAAUGAUGAAGAACUUCCACUGACCAUUGAAAAUGAAUAA